UGCUGUGUUGUUAGUCGUAAUUUACGUCAGAUGAUUCUGGGUGUACUUGUUCGUAAGAAAUAUGUUUCAUUAACAUACCUUUAGAAACUUAAUUUUUUUAACGUGUGCUUUUUAUCGUUUAGAGAUUGAAAGGCACCUUCGUGUUCCGCAGAUUAAUAGUGAAAGUCAAUUUCGUGUGAUAAAUUGCAAAAAAUCAAGAUGCCAGAAAACGAGUACGGCUCGAUAAAAACUGAGGAGGAGGCGCAGAUUCCACCUGAUAGAUCCCAAAGGCUAACGAAUGAAGAUUUUAGGAAACUUCUCAUGACACCAAGGUCGUCUGUUCCAUCGUCACUGCCUACUGCUCCAUCAAGGGAUGCUGUACCACCAACUCCAGAUGCUGAAGGUGAAGAUAGAGCGGAGAGACGGCGUAAAAAGAAAAGCUUUUACGCAAAGCUCAAAAAGCAAGAAGAUGAUAAAAUGGCCGAACUGGCGAAAAAGUACAGAGACAGGGCGGGCGAAAGGCGUGAUGGUGCCAAUCCAGAUUAUCAGGCAGAAGACCCACUCUCAACAGCUAGUGGGUAUAGAGCUGUUGCUCCUGAUCUUAAAUCUGGAAUGGAUGCUGCAGAACGACGAAGGCAGAUGAUUCAGGAAUCCAAAUUCUUGGGAGGUGAUAUGGAACAUACCCAUCUUGUGAAAGGCUUGGAUUAUGCUCUUCUUCAAAAGGUUCGUUCUGAGAUCCAAGCGAAAGAACAAGAACAAGAGGAAGAAAUGGAGAAGCUUGUAAAAACAAAAAAAGAACGCAAAGACGAGGAAGAAGAGAUGCAGUUCAAGACGAGGCUUGGUCGGAAUAUAUACAGAGCUGUUUUUAAGAUGAGACCAGCUGAACGCAAUGAGCUAUUUGUACCUGGGCGCAUGGCAUAUGUUGUAGACUUGGAAGACGAAUUAGCUGAAAGUGAUAUCCCAACUACUUUGAUACGUAGUCGACAGGACGUUCCUGCUCUUGAAUCAACUGCCACACUUACCACAAAUGACAUUGUCAUCAAUAAGUUGGCUCAAAUAUUGUCAUAUCUGCGUGCUGGUGGUCGACAUGGAAGGAAAGGAAAGAAGAAAGGCGCUGCAGCUGCUGGAAAGAAACUAGCACAGCCACAGGACGACAGUAUAUAUGGAGAAAUUGGAGACUAUAUUCCAACUGGGCGUCGCCAAGAUGGAAGGACAGUCCGAUCUGGCCCAUACUUUGAGAAGCCCGGUGAAGGAGAUGGUGAUGAUGUGCUAGAUGAUCGCCCAACAGUUGAAGAACACCGAGAGCCUGAACCGCCUCCACCACAAGCAGCUACAGCUCCUGCCCCUCAAGCAAGACGACAAGAACCUAGUCGUGCCCAGCAAUUGCUUACUCGUUUGGCAGCUGAGCCGGAGGGCUAUGCAGAAUGCUACCCCGGACUUGAAGAGAUGCAGGAUGCUAUUGAUGAUUCAGAUGAUGAAGUUGAUUAUACUAAAAUGGAUCUCGGCAAUAAAAAGGGUCCAAUUGGACGAUGGGAUUUUGAUACACAAGAAGAAUAUUCUGAUUAUAUGAACAGCAAAGAGGCAUUGCCCAAGGCAGCCUUCCAGUAUGGAGUGAAGAUGGCAGAUGGGCGGCGGACACGAAAAUACCACAAAGAGAAAAAUGAGAAAGCAGAAUUGGAUCGUGAAUGGCAGAAGAUCCAAAACAUUAUACAGAAAAGAAGAAUACCAGGACCAGUGGGUCCAGAGCCAGACUUUAAAAAGCCAAAAUAUUAAUUUUUUCUGCCUUUUGUAUUUGCUUAUGACUAACAGUCAUUCAAUAAACUGUAUCUCUUACAGUA